AUGGCUGUUGACACAAGAAAGAAAAUGAUGGCAAGGGGGAAGCUAUUUCGGCAUAAGAAGGACCCGCACGGGGACCAGCGACCUGCGGAAUGGAUUUUUAAUGUCCGGAAUAUUUUACUUGCUGCCAAUGGAUGCGAGCCUGUGGAAAUCGUGGAUAAUAUUGGCCUGAAUAUUCACGGCCUUCUCCAUAAGGAUUUAGAAGGUCUAAGGGAUGUUUCCAUUGCCAUUAAAGCGGGGAGAUUACAUGUUCCGUACGAUGACCUAAUGAAACUGGCGACGAGUGUGAAGAAAUCUUUCCCUGUUGCAAAGAAUGCUGCUGGUGAGCCAACAGAUAACGGGAUAUCCUUUGCGGAUAUCGUUGAGGAGCUCGAUAAACCAGGUAGCCGUGAAGGAUCGAUCGUGCAGACCGUUGCUGAUUCGAGGGAAUUCAUCAGUUCAUUAUUGCGUGGAAUACAAGAAAUCCAGGUGGCAUUGAGCUUUUUCCGCCUAUCUCAGGUUGUCCAGAGCAUACAUCGCAGUAGGCCGCUCUAUCUCAACAUCGUCACUCACGAAAUUGGGAUUGACUUUCACCGGAUGGAUCCCAACCGCCCGGCCCAUCGCAUGUACUUUCAGCGAGAUGACAUAGCCCACCAAGCUCUGCUUGCCGCUAUUUCAUUGUCUGUUUCACUCGACGACAAUAUGGGAGAAACAGAUAAGAUCCUUUAUAUCCCUAUGGCUACAACUACCAUUAAGACCACUUCGCUCUCCAAGACUGUAUCGUACUCCGAGAAUAGGGGUGUUGCUGAACGGAACACCAAUGUUCUCUUCGCCAAUCUUGUCGUGACAUCUCCUUCCAUUGAUCUUGAACCAAAACACUUGUCCCAAAUACUCUAUAUUCUGCAAAAGAGGAAACCGCGCUCCCAACGGAAGGUUCGAAACAAUCACAUCCUCAUUUCCCGUCUUUUACCCAAAGCGAGUAUCAAAUUAUCAGUUCAUGAACCUGUGCUUCGAUUUGUUCUUCCUCUUCCUGAGACCGGGCAGGAUCAUAGUUACAAUUUGCUCAUUUCCUCCAUAUCUUCCAUCUCCUUAGAUAUCGAAUCGUCACAUUCUGCGGAAGAAGGAGUCCACUACUCUUUGUCUUCGAUAUACCGGGUGGCCGCGCACCAACUUUAUUACCAAACCUUUUCUGGAUCAAAAUAUCGUCUAUUAAAUACUGAAUCGAUGGAGGUGGUCGACCAGUUCCAUUCACAUAUCCAACUGACAAAGUUGCCCUUAUCUCUCGAUGCCAACCCACCAAGUCUUCUUAGACGCCUGCCUCCAUGGCUUCUGCAAUUCCAGUUUGAGGCUUCAGGGUUUAGUGUUGAAGUGGCUGGAAUUGAUAAUAGCAUCGGGACGACUGCGCGUGGUACCGUUCUACAGUUGCAAGGGUGGACGGCCGAUUACCAAUCCCAAAAGUCAGAGCCGCAUAGAAGAUCAGUAAAACGUCGAACGCCGAGCCAUUCUACAACUUCAGAUGAACAUGCGUUCCGACUUACCUCUCCUUCUUUUCGAAAGUCUCACCAUUGCCAGGCCGAUGGAAGACGUUUGGCGUUCCAUGUUCGUGGUCUUGAAGGAUUCGUAAUGGAAUCCGCAGAUUUCAUGGAACCGGAAUCAUUUCUAUCUAUUCCCCGCUUUGAAAUUGCGUUAAGCACGUCGAGCGACCUACAAGGGCCAAUUUUUCAUAUCAACUCUACAGUCAAAGCGAUAUACCUUGACUGUUCCCUUUAUCGAUACUACGCUGUUGGAAUAGCCGUUUGUGUAUUACGGGAUGCCUUUCUACGUCCAAAGACAUCCAAAGCGCCAGUCUCGGGUGACCCACCUGGUGCGGCGAAAGUCGUUGAGCCCAUCGACAUUCCCGUUAGACCUAAAUCGGCUGAGCUUAUUACCAUUGAUGUAAAAGCAUCUCUGAUCCAGAUUAAAUUUACCAUGCCAGCAGAUCCUCCUAUGAUGCUUCAAAUUUAUGGAUUUGCUGCUGGACGUCAUCGAUGGUCUGCUCCCUUUAUGCGAUCACAACUUGUUCGUCUCCAUGCUGAAGCCCCGAAGAUAAAAAGCACAUGGGCUCGAAUUGUGAGUGUCAGUAACAUUCGAGGGGGGUUGCGGGAAACCCGACGUAAGCCAGAUGGAACCAUCAUCGAAGAGAAGUCUGUCGAUGUUUCCACCGAGUUCAUCCGGGUCGCUGUGCCACAUCAGAUGAUAAUGUAUCGGAUAUUCGAUAAUUUUAUCAAUACUGCAAAAUCUGUUCAACAGCUGAACCAUCGCUUCAAAACAAGGACGAAUGAGUAUGUCCUGGGAAAACACCCUGAGGGCCCGAAACGCGUGCCAAGGAUAUCGCUUCGCAGCAGAGCUAUACUUUUUGAGUUGGAAGAUGAUGCUUUCGAGUGGAAAUUAGGGUGUAUUUACCGCCUGGGGCUUUUGGAACAGAAACAACGCCUGGCUCGAGAGGAAGCAUUCCAUAUGAAAGUCAAAAGACUGGAGGAUCUCCAGCAGCGUCAGGCAUCUUCACGAUACCGAACGCAGUCGAGUCAUGUCAUUCCGGAGCCUCGUUCCACGGCUCGCUCAAAAAGGAGAGAUGAGAAAGUGAGGAGUAAAAGCGCCGAUGGGCGGCCACCCCGCGGCAAUUCCGAACCGAGGGGAAGGAGACCGACUCGGACCGUGAGAUAUGACCCCGAAGGCGUCCCGUCAAUAUCGGACUCGUUCAAAGUUUCCACUCAAGAAGCCCUGUUUAAAUUACAGGAACAUAAUUCCCGGAGUUGGAAAAUUCGAAUUGAUACUUCCAUGCGAUUCCAAAACACUGCGAUCAAAGAAAUUAGAAACAUGUUUUCGGGCGCAGAUGAACCUCUUGAAGACAUUAAAGAGGACGAAAAUAUCCUCAAUGUUCCCGACAGGCCUGGGCUCUUAUCUGCCCUGAUUAGUGACGUACAUCUCGUUAUCGAUAAACCUUCUUUCCCUACGAAUGAAUAUCCACAUUUCCUGCAUAGGAUAGGAAAAGGCAUGCCCUUGGACAUGAAGUAUUCUCUAUUGAUCCCCAUGAACAUUCAAUUGGAAAUGGGUGAAGCACGAGCAACCGUUCGAGACUACCCUCUUGACCUACUGCACAUCCCUGCCCUCCGCCAUGGUCAAUCACCCCGCCUCCCAAGUUGGUCGCUGCGGACUGAUGUCGUGAUUGCCGAAGAAUUCCGUGACUAUGAGUCCUCACGCCAUGUGAUGGUUACAAUUGUGCCGCCAAACACAGGAUCCGAUGGCAUCACUCACCCUGGCUUUUCCAUCGAUGUUCGACGAACGGUUUCACCCCUCAAAACCUACUCAGAUCCGAUCUUUGAAAUUAAUACUAAUUUACCAACUAGCAUAUCUUGGGGGAUGUCAUAUCAGCCUGUCAUGCAGGAUCUGAUGAAAAUCAUCGAGGGCUUCUCAAAGCCGGAGAUUGACCCCUCUGAGCGUGUUGGAUUCUGGGAUAAGAUACGCUUGAGUUUCCAUUCUAGAAUAAAUGUUGUUUGGAAAGGGGAUGGUGAUGUUCAUUUACGACUGAAAGUCACCGGUUUUGGUGCUGGCUUUGUAAUGUGCUGGCGCAAAGAUGUGCAAUUGGAAAUAUACACGAGAGAUGACCCCAGAGAGCUUAUGGCCGUUACAAGUGGGGAAUAUGUUCUCGCGAUUCCAGACUACAGCCACCACGCUCGCCAUUCAUACGAGGCAACACUUGAUUCUCGCGGUACUCCGCUCAGGUCAUCCAAGGAUAUCUCUCUUUUCAAGAAGGUUAUCAUGAAACUCUCUGGAAAUGUUCGGUGGCUAUCCGGGCUUGUUUUUGAACGGAAUAUCAACUCGUCUGAACGGUCAUUUGAGUUCAAGCCGCAUUAUGAGGUUGUUCUGAAGAAUCCACGAUACAUUCCUCUUGACGACCUCAUGGACUACGAUGCUUUCCGUGGAUUCAGAAGCAACCACAUUCAUUUGUCACUUGCCAUCGUGGCACCAGUAACUCGGGUUUGGUCUGUAUCAAACCGUGAACCAUCAACUAGCUACAAUACGGUCCACUUGACGCCAAGGUUCUUCACACAUUUUUUUAGCUGGUGGUCUUUGUUUUCUGGAGUUAUGUCGUUACCUGUUCGGCAAGGUCCACUUUGGCCCGGUGUGACCAAAACAAGCAAGAAGUUUGGCCGCCAUUUGGCUACUGUUAAGUAUAAUUUGUUCCUCUCCCCACUAUUUGUGGCGCAUAUUUACAAGCAUAAAGACGCCGAGGACUAUGGCGAGGAGAUGGUGUCUGCCACUGGAAUUAAAGUUCGCCUCGACAGCCUUAUGCUGGAUCUUCAUCAACGGAGGGAGUUAGUUAAUGUGAUGGUUAAAGGACGUUCGAAACAAACGAAAGCAAGUGCCAUGCGAAUCAACCGGGCACAGUUGGAUUUCAUUUCUGCGGAUUUCAGGGCGGUGUCAGUGGCUAUUGCUGGAACGAAUCUAGCAGACAUCACCGCUGAAGAUCACAUCUUGUCUGCUUUUAAGCAACCAACCCCUCCCGUUGACCUAUCUCGAUUUACCAUACCGGAUCGAGACUUCAACUGGGUUGAUAUGGAUGAUUUCGUAGAACUCGACUGGAUAAUCCCAUCAGAGCCGAACCCUCGUACCCGAAUCCUCCCUCUUGCCUACUCUCCUCGAUUCUCUUAUUUCCGCCAAACAGACCACGAGGAGCUUGGUGUCGAUGAAACCGGAUACAGCCCUUUUGGAGACGAGCCGUCACACUAUUGCGUAAUGUCAGAGGACAAUGAUCCGCGGAGGGUACAAAUGGAACUGAUCAAGGAACGCAUUGCUAGCCUUGACGCGCAAAUUAUUGCUCAUAACCGGAUGAUUGGAGAACAAGAAUUGCGAGUUGUUCGGGAUAGCCACGCUGCUGAUGGCCUCAAGAGCCAGUAUGAGCUUUUCGUUAAACAAGGUGAAUCACUGAAGAGGCGGGUAAGGUUCUUAGAUGACAGGUUACAGCGUCUUCAGAAACAACUCUCAGGUGACGCGGUGUUGAAUGGUCAGGGAGCCGAACAUAGCCGCACAACUCUGGCCGCAGACACGCCAAACUGGGCCUCAUCUGAACACGGUAGCGACGAUGCGGAGAUCGACGGCCUCUAUGCUUCACCGAAUGAUGAGUUCGUUAGUGAUUUCGACAAUCGCUUCACUAUCCACAAUAUUCAAUUGAAGUGGAACAACUCUCUCCGAAAUAUCAUUCUUCGCUACAUUCACCAGGUCAGCCAGAGACGAGGAUUUGUCUAUUACAUGUCUCAACGAGCGGUGAGGUUUAUCCUAGAUAUUGUAGAGGAACAAGGAAAAUUAAAGAUGCGGUCACGGGAGGCAGGCAAACCGCCUCCAUCUACAUCUACAUCACCACCGGAAUCUGAGGAACAGCCUGAAGACGAUGAAAUUUCUAUUGAAGAUCGCAUCGAACAACUUCUUAACGAUGCAAAACGUUUUGUUAACGCUGAUGACUCGACGCCGAAUGAAACGAAAUAUCGUUCUUCGACGAGUGCAUGUGGCAAGAAAAUUGCUGCAGACUUCACACCACAAAACAGCUACCAUCUUCGCCUUAUCGCGCCACAGAUCCAGCUACAGAGUGAAAAGAAUAAGAAGGCUGUUGCUCUCGUUACGGCCAAGGGCAUGCAGCUAAAGGUUGUAUCGAUCAUGGAUAAACAUUGUGUAUCGGAUGAUGUUUCCGGCCUGGUACAACGUCGGUUCACUCUAGAUAUGGACAGUGCUCAGUUCUUCGUAACCACCCAUAAAUGUUUGUUCAAGCAUCUUCAUCUAUAUUCUGGUAAUAGGUACGGAAACGCACCAGGGUCCGCAUGGCCGCCGUGGUUGUCUCUGGAGUGCAUGUUUGACUUCGACCUAGACCCAUCCGGCUUCUCAAGAAUUAUUCAAAAAACCUCCGCAAACCUCCGGUAUGACAAGUACAAUACCCUGAGAUUGAAAUAUAAUGAGGAGAUUGCGAGUGGCGAGGAUGAUGAUAGCAAUCUUCGAAUUCCCACUUGCAGCGAGGAACGGAUGGAUCAAAUCUUGGUUGAGUUUUCUCAUGUUCGGGCGAUAUGUGAUUCAGAUGAGUAUUAUUCCAUGUACAUCAUUGUCCUCGAUCUGCUACUAUUCAGCGAGCCGCUUGAGAAAGUAAGGAGCGAGAAGCUCGAAAAAAUAAUGCUCGCCUCAGAUUUCAGCGAUUUAAGAGGUGCUCCCCAGAUUGUGAGCCGGCUGCAGCAAAGGAUACGGCAACUUGAGGAAAUCAAAAGCAUGUUCCAAAUACAAGCCAAAUAUCUUGAUUCUCAGGGAUGGCAGGAUCGCAUUGCACUGGAACGGGAUUUAGCGCUAUGCGAGGAUGAAUUGUUUUUCAUCAUGAAAGCCAUCACCACUUCACAGCGCAAAAACGAUGAACGACCUUUGUCCCAGUCGAGUGGGGUCUUGCACUGGGCCUUAUCAGCGUCCGAGCUCGUGUGGCAUCUAAUGAUGAGCCCCCAAGAGCCUCUUGUGGAGUUCCAAUUGCGGAACGCGUCGUAUACGCGCACUGACAACAUCGAUGGAUCGAAUCGCAAUACAAUAGAGAUUCAGAGGAUAUACGGUCUUAAUCUUCUGCCCAGUGCAAUCUACCCACAAAUGAUUGUUCCUUACUUGGAUGAGCACAGAAAAACGCCGAAAAAUGAGGACGACAAUUUAUUGAAGGUCGAUUGGUUCAUGCUCGAAGCCGUUGCUGGAAUACCUGUGUUGAAUCACUUUGAAGUGGCUUUGUUCCCUUUAAAAGUCCAACUAGAGAGGGAGCUUGGAAAGAAGCUGUUCGAAUACAUUUUCCCCGGUAUUGGUUCCAAUGCGUUUGAGAAUGGGGCUUUCUCGCCUUUUAUGAUAAAGCACAUGCGACCGCAAGAGGAUGGAUCGGAUAGUGGGGAAGAAGAUGUCGAACCUGCUACUCCUGCCAGCAGCAAUGGAAGCAGUUCUGCAGAUGAUUCUCAAUCGUUUGGUUUAGGCCCCGGCGCCAUGGAAAACCGUUUGAAACCUACCCUUACGCUCUCAGAUCAUCGCCGAUCGGUUUCGCCGUCGCAACGAACCAGAAGCCUCGCAAUGACGCCCCUCCACGACGAAAACUCUCGCAAGCAGCGAACUGCAAGCGAGAGGCCACGGUCAACCUCUCGCCAUACGACAAGUCGUAUCCCGAGGAAGGCAUCUGCUGAUAAUCUCCGCCCAGUGAGUAGGCAUCUUAAUGACAAAUCAUCAGGGAGCCAACACAGUAUAAACGGGACGGAAGAGAGAUCCAAGAAAUUCGGAUUGGCGAGGUCCUCAACCAGAUCUUUCAACACAAAGAACGAUAAGGGCUCCGAUGACCUAUCCCAGAUGCUCUCCCGCGCUUCUAACUUCAUGACUUUGGCUCAUGUUAAAAUCAACGAUGUCGUUCUUUGUCUGAGUUAUAAGGGAAAAGGGGAACGAAAUAUAGAGGAUGUGCAUAACUUCGUCUUUAGGCUUCCGGUGCUUGAAUAUCGUAAUAAGACUUGGUCCAAUCUAGACCUUGCUUUGCGGCUUAAAAAGGACGUUAUUAAAGCGCUCAUCUCUCACACUCCCGCAAUCCUCAGCAACAAACUAUCCCAUCACCGCCCGACAAAGCAGCAACAAAUACGCUUACGUGAACUUGCCUCCUCGUCCCAGGUUCUCAGCGUAUCCGAUGGUUUCCUAAAUCCAUUUACCGCUCCCUCGUCAGAUGGAGCAGGCAGUAUCAUCAGUCACAGCUCCACAAGCGAAAGAUCAGAAUCUCCUCCUUGUCGUUCAUUUGCCUCAACUUCCUCGCCCCUUGGCCGCUCCAAUUCAAUGGCAACUAACUUGGCCCGAUCUGGAACGAUGCCCAACCUUGCAUCUGACUCCCGGUCGGCCAGGAGUGAAAAUAUUGACCCCCGGAAUGACGCUUGCCACCUAUCCCGCGAAUCAGUUUUGAGGCCUCUUACAAGCGAUAAUGGUUCACUACACCAAGCAAAUGGGAAUGUGGAUGAUGGUGAUGUUUUGGCCGAAAGACGACGGAAAAGCUCUUUGGCACAUAUUGGCCGGAAGUUGGUGGGUUCUCGAGAAUCCCGCCGCCCUUGA